CGUCACUGCACGCAAUAUAUAAGCCGUGUAGCUAUACAGUUAGUAUACUGAACAAGCUGGUUGACGAUAAUGGCCCUCACUGCAGCAUUUCUCGUUUUAUGUGUGUUCCAUACAGCAUUAGGUCAGCUCAAAUGGGUCGAGCUCAAGCCGAGCUCAGGGCCAAAACCGGCUGCUCGUCGCGACUCAUCUAUCGGGUACGACUCCAAACGAAACCAAAUUGUCAUCUUUGGCGGUAGGUCUGGGAGUACAAGAUUCGAUGAUACAUGGAUCUUUGACUUAAACUCGACAAUGUGGACAAAAGUAAACGAAACUCUGGACCAAAGCAACAAAGUCAUCCCUGAAAAGCGAUUCAGUAUGGUGUUCGGCAACAAGGGAAAUUAUUUCUACGUCUCGACUGGCGAGGGGCCUGYCGGUACUUCCACCUACUACAACGACGUCAACCGCUUCGACUUCACCACUCAAAARUGGAAAAAGCUCGCAGCGAAGUCUUCAGUAGAGCCUGAGAAAAGGUAUGGAAGCGGCGGAGGAGUUUGGCCAGCGACGGGAGAUGGGUUAUAUGUAACGCACGGUUUUUCAGGCGUACGUUACUCAAACACCUUCAAGUUCAAGUUUGAUACGCAGGUUUGGGAGAAGAAGUUCAAUGGAGUAACCAAAUUCGAUUCAAGGUUUCCUUUUUCAAGAUGCCUUCAUGCAACUACUAUGUUUGACAAAGAUGAGUUCGUCCUGUAUGGCGGAUGCGUCCAGGGGMCUGGUGUCAAUAUUUGUCCCGCUAACGAUGGAUGGAAGUACAACGGUAAAACCAAUGUGUGGACAAAACUAGCCGACUGUGCAUCUAAGCGUACUUAUACAGCAAUGGCCAUGCUCCCAUCCAACGACCCUAAGGUUAAAAGAGCAGUGCUGUAUGGUGGGGAUAGGGAGGACCCAGUAUCCCCUAACUACGAGAUUGUUGUUUUCGACCCUGUCACAAACAAAUGGAUGAAAAAGAAAAUAGAGGGAGAUGUACCAGCAAAGCGAAUGAGUCAAGUGAUGGUCACCACGCCCCAAGGAAUCGURGUUUUUGGUGGGCAAAGCACAAGUGGUACACAGCUUAACGACGUUUGGUUGUUGAAAGGAAACGUUUCGGACGUCGACAAGACAGCUUCGUUACCUGGAUGCGAUGCUGUUGUCGCGACUUCAACAUCUGCACCACCAACAACGUCAAAUGCAGAGAAAUCGACCAUUGGGUCAACACCAAAAGCGACACCAAGUCUUAGUAUCUCCAGCAUUAAGGUCACACCUUCAACAACACCAAAUACAGAGAGCUCAACCAUUGGUUCAACGUCAAAAGUGACACCAAGUCCAAGUAUCGCCAGCAUUAAGGUCACACCUUCAACAACACCAAAUACAGAGAGCUCAACCAUUGGUUCAACGUCAAAAGUGACACCAAGUCCAAGUAUCGCCAGCAUUAAGGUCACACCUUCAACAACACCAAACCCAAACACCUCCAGCAUUGGGGCAACGCCCAAAGCACCUGGUACCUCCAGUAGCUCGCAAUAUUCACUAAGCUCGAACAAUUACAGAUUUGGUGGUGURCUAAACGAUCUCUGGCUGUUGAAAGGCGACGCUACGGACGUGCAGAAGACAACUACCCUUCCUGGCUGCAGUGAUGGAAUGAAUUCAUCUUCAAUGACAUCUCCAACAGUUUAUGCUAUUUUGUUUUCUCUGUUCGUUGUAAUUUGGAGCGUUUUUGAAAGAUAUUUCACMAUGGCCWUAACCGCGGCGUUUUUAGUCCUUCUCGUAGCUCAUACAACUCUAGGCCAGCUAAAAUGGGUCGAACUAAAGCCAAGCACAGCUACAGCACCGUCAGGUCGCCGUGACGCUGGAAUAGGCUACGACGCGAGCAAGAAUCAAAUCGUUAUCUUCGGCGGCCGUGGCGGCUCCGGUUUUCUCGACGAUACAUGGACAUUUGACUUGACCUCGAAAACUUGGCAAAAAGUGAACGAAACAAAGGAUAAAAAUGGAAACGUUAUACCUGAAAAUCGCUUUAGUAUGGUAUACGGUAGCAAAGGGAACUACUUCUACGUGUCUACCGGAGAAGGAAAGAUUGGAGGUACUAUAAAGUUCUACGACGACAUCAAUAGGUUUGACUUCACUACACAAAAGUGGGAAAAACUCGAACCGAAGACUUCAUUGAGACCUGAAAAGAGAUAUGGAGGCGGAGGAGGAAUYCACCAGUCGGGAAAUGGACUUUAUGUUACGCACGGCUUCGCUGGCGAGCGAUUUUCAAACACUUUGAAAUUUGUUUUCGAGACGCAAAAAUGGGAGAUCAAAUUCGAUGGAACGAAUAGCUACAAUCCGAGUGCUCCUCAUGCUCGCUGCCUCCAUUCUGCUGUCAUGACAGAUGUUGAUGAGCUAGUAAUGUAUGGCGGCUGUCUUGGGGGGGGUGCCACAGGAGGUCCUUGYCCAUCSGAGGAUUCUUGGAAAUACAACGGAGACACGAAUACAUGGACCCAACUAGACCAGUGCGCUUCUCCACGAGUSUAUUCRGCRAUGGCGAUGCUACCUUCAAAUGAUCCCAAGACUAGAAGAGCAGUUCUUUAUGGAGGCAAUGAGAAGAGUAAGUCAGUCUUAACGGUAUCAGAAGCUGACAAGAAUGAGAUCGUAAUACUUGACCCAUCUACAAACAAAUGGACGCGAAAGAAAAUYGAGGGAGAUGUACCAUUGAAAAGGGUCGGYCCUGUGAUGGUCACCACGCCUGAAGGAAUCAUAGUGUUUGGUGGAAGUGCAGGCGGGAAAGAUGUGAACGAAGUCUGGUUGUUGAAAGGAAAUGUUUCCGAUGUUGCCAAGACGACCUCUUUGUCUGGCUGUAGUGGCGGUCUUUUUACCCUCGCAAUGCUUCAUGGUCUAUUUAUGUUCAUUGGUUGGGGUGUAUUAUUACAGYUAGGAGCCUUYGUAGCUCGUUAUUUCCGUCAUAAGGAUCCAUGGUGGUUUAAGAUGCACAGAGGCCUACAGGUUUCUGGUUUGUUGUUCGCAAUUGCUGGCUUUGUCUGUGCUGUCAUGUCAGUACCGUUUGAUCAUUUUAAGUUUGCACAUGGUGCCAUUGGUUUGGACAUCAUGAUUGUCGGCGUAAUGCAACCGCUGAAUGGUUUCUUUCGUCCUCACAAGUCGCCCGAUGGCUCACGAACUUUAAAGCGAAUUAUCUGGGAAUGGUACCACAARCUUGCAGGCCGUUUUGCUCUGAUACUAGCCCUUAUUAAUAUCUGCCUUGGUCUCUUCCUGGACGUGGUACCAGUAGGAGCCUGGGCCGUCUGGUAUGCGUACUUAUGUGUUCUUUGUUUACUCUAUGUUGUCAUGGAGAUAAGACUCAGACGUAAAAACAGCGCCAGGACAGGAAAUGCUGAUAUACUGGCGAUGGAGAAAAAGUAGAAGCCUCACUAGUUAGUUUUACAGAAACUAGAUGUAAAUCAUAAAGAGAAUAAUAAUCUUAAGAACCGUCUGCCAGCGAGGCUACAGUGAUAAUUAAUUCAAAAUAUUCUAAUUUGCUCUAAGUUUGUUCACAAGUGACGUUAAGUUAGCUUUUAUUUUAGUGUCGGUAAGAACUAUGUUAUGCUUGGAAAGUGCUUUUAAGUACGACAUUUGUACGGCAUUUUGAAUGCUGAGAUUCGAGCUUAAUAGCAAUAAAAACUCACUAAUAUAAAUUUUGAUGCACGAAAUUAUCAGAGAAAGUAAAUUUGCUACUGGAAAUUCCAUAAUUUCUUCAUGAUUCAAGAUGGCRGCCAUAUUAGUAGUAGUACGUCUAAUGCCUUCGAUUCAUAAAACAUAAUGUCGGAUGUAAAUAGAUGCUGUUCCUGGUUUGAACUGCAGUUUCGACUCUAAUAUGUAAUAAACAGUACAAAUAUGAUCUGAUAUCACGGUUAAUUAUCGUAAUAUGAAUGCAUUUAUUUGAAAAUAUACAUACAUUACAUUCUAGCGAGGUGUGCACGAUCAAAUACAUAUACAAUAUCAUCAUAAUCAAAUGUAAUAAAACCAAUAAAUAAAAUAAUAAAUAAUAGUUUAUACUACA